AUGCCUAUCGCAGCGGACACUCCUGAUGAUGACGAUGACGAUGACAAUGACGGAGACAUGCAGGGUUUAUUGUUGGCUGUUUUAGCAGUUGCAGCGUGGCCGUUGACGACUGGGUGGGGAAACGUGCCGGGUGGUAGUCACGUGCGGGCACUGAACGAAACGAAUUUCCAAGAGACGAUGGAAGAAAAUUGCUGCGUCCUGGUGUUUUUCCACGCUGAAUGGUGUCAAUAUUGCGGGCCGAUAAAACCGGUGUUUGCUGAAGUCACCGCCGCGUUGCAGAGUGACCAUUGCAUCGUGGCCGCUUCCGUGGACUGUACGGAUGACCCUGAUUUGGCGAUACGGUGCAACAUCCACGUGCUGCCCUCCAUGCUGUUCUUCUGUAACGGUAAACGGAGAAAUACGGUGCAGUACCGGGGCAACUGGUCGGCUGAAGAUAUGAGACUGUUCGCGGUCGAAACGUCCGCCGCUGCGCACAAGCCCAAAAAAGUACGUAAAACCGGCGGAGUGGCAGGCAAGAAAUACAGGGGUCAAGGCCAAAAGCAAAAAAUUUUAAAAUUUAUAAAGAAAAAA